AUGACAAGUCAUGUGCUUUUUGUUAUUUUCUUUGUUCAUACCAUAAUAUUAAACUUAUCAUGCGCAUUUUCAACGAGCAACGGUGAAAAGAGAUGGUCAAAACUGUCUACAUCCACCAACAGUCAAAAGUGGAAACGAGGAACACAAGCAUCGAACAAGAAGAGAAAGGGAUACGAUCUGAGAAGUAAGCGGGGAGUUCGAACAGGUAGAAAGAAACCGCCUAGAUGGGAAACAGAAGGUGAUGCACUUUUCUUUGUUUCAAAAUCUGAUGGGUCGGUGCCAGAAGUUCCAGGAGAGACGCCAACUGAGAUGCUCAACAAUCUAAUGAAAAUGAAGCAGAAACUCCAAUCCGAAAAGAAGAAGCCGGGAAAGAAACAGCCAGCUGCACCAGCAAAAGAUGAGGAUGAAGAUGAUGACAGUCAAAAAAAGUCACUGCCGCCACACAUGGUAUGGGGGACCCUGUCGACUGGACCAAUCCUUUCUCCAAAGCUGAAAACCCUGUACGAUACCCCAACAGCUAUUCAGACGGAAAGCUUUGGCCCAAUCACAAGCAGACAGAAUGUGGUCAUUGCCGCUGCUACUGGAUCUGGAAAGAGUUUGGCAUAUCUUCUACCCCUCAUGUGCCGAGUGUCGAGAAAAAAGUUUGGUUCGGUCAUGGUCGUCACACCCAGUUUGGAAUUGGCAAAACAGAUAAAAUCGGUAGUGGACGGCAUAUGGACUCCUACAAAGGAUAUACCAGGAUCGUCUGUGUGCAUCAUAACAUCAGAUUUGUUUGAUGAGGGUUCGACGGGAUUUGUCCCAGAUGAGGAAGUUCUGAAUACCCCAAUAAUUGUCGGAACAGCAGGAGCUUUGUUGAAGUGGCUUGAGUUUAGCAUUAAAUCACGAAAGGGCAGACGGGUGCUUGAAAACCUCGAGACUCUUGUUCUUGAUGAAGCCGAUCGAAUCAUGCAGACGGAAGCAAUGGCUCGAAUUGAGAACGACACUCGCAAUGGCAAUGGCGGGACAGAUCUAUGGGAACGAAAGAAACGACUCCAAAAGUCAGACGCCAUUUCGCUGUUUGACACAAUUGCAUCCCAGGGUCGCUCCUUUUUUGUCAAAAGCCGAAAUCAUAUUCAACUAAUUUGUGCUAGUGCCACAGUGGGAAGAACUCUGAGAAGGCAGGUAAUGGAAUUAACAGAUGCCACCACUGUCGAGAUGGGUUCCGUCUUGGUAUGUGCCGAUAGUCGGGUUGGGAAGGACGCAGACGAACGAAGAAGUAGUUUGUUACCAACCACUAUCAAGCACAUGUACAUGAUUCAAGAGGAAGGAGCAGAAAGAGAAGGAGCUGCUAUGAUCAAGGAAGUUUGGCAAGUCAUGAAGCAGCUUCCACCAGGUCCAACACUUGUGUUUCCAGGAAGGACUGGAGUACAGCUUACCGCCGAUACAUUAUUGACCGACUGUGGCAUGCAACACACCAUAACGCUUCGAGACGACAUUCGAGAAUCCAGCAAGGCGUUGGAUUUGGAAAAAGCGGACACCCAGCACAAUAGUUGGGAAGAAACUCCAGUCUUUGUGGUGUCUGAGAAACUCGCCCGUGGUUUGGAUAUUCCCAACGUUGCCUAUGUCGUCCUGGCAGGAGGGGCGCCAAACAGUCCUGCUGCAUAUGCACAUUUGGCAGGGAGAACUGGUCGAGUUGGCAAGGAAGGCAAGGUGCUUACUUUUGUCCGAGAUAUGAGGGGCGCCCAACGGGUGGUAAGCAUCAGUUUCAAGCUUGGGUUGGCGUUCGAGCCACUGUCAGUAGCUGGUGGAACUCCAGAUAGCGCAGAAAGUAAGAGCGUUGUAGAAAUGGCAGAGGAACUAGAGCCAGAGGCAGGGUCAAUACACGAGGCGGACAGUCCCACACUUUUGAGAGAAGAGCUCGAAAGCUACACCGUUCCGACGCUCAAGGAAAUGUUGAAGGAGCGAGGGGAGAAAGUCAGUGGCAUAAAAGCAGAGCUGGUACAGAGACUACUAGAUGUCUAA